AUGGAUCGACGACUGAAAGCUUUAUACUUCACUUCGCCGUGCAGGUUCCAGGGCGAUGUAUUUCACAGAAGGUACAGAAUGCGACCUCAUGUGUUUGACCAAAUGAUGCAUAAUGUCGCCAACCACGAUCCGUACUUCGUGCAAACUGAUGAUGCCUCCGGCAAAGUUGGUUUGUCUACCGAACAAAAGCUGACUUGUGCUAUGCGGAUACUUGGUUACAAGCUUCCGACGGACCUGUGUGAUGAGUUUCUAGACGUAGCUGAAUCUACAGCUUUGGAGAUCUUGUUGCACUUUACUAGAGCAAUCUGGAAUGUGUACCACAAGCAUUACCUUCGUCGACCAACUCCGGCAGAUUUUGCAACGGUUGCUCGAUGUGAUAGAGAACAUGGCCAGUGCUACUACCUAGUCGAUGAGAUCUACCCUAAAUGGGGAUCUUUUGUGAAAGCAAUUAGAAAUCCAAUUAUGCCAGAGCAAGCUCAUUUUACAAAGAUGCAGGAGUCAUACAGAAAAGACGUGGAGAAGGCAUUUGGAAUUCUCCAAGCUCGUUUUGCAAUAGUAAGUGGACCUGCCCGUGGGUGGGAUAGAGAGGAUCUCCAAUACAUCAUGAUGACCUACAUUAUUUUGCACAACAUGAUUGUCGAUGAUGAGCCUGAAGAAGAUAAAGAGUCGCCUAUUGACCCUGAUGAUAUCCCCACCAAACCAAGGAAAGCACAAAUAUAUGAGAGGUAUGAGGAUGAUCAUGAGGUUGAACACAACCAUCCUGAACUUGAGGAGUUCAUGACCCAUUACUAG